GGAGGUGCCACACCGCAGCAGGGGCAGCGGCAGCAGCUCUGAAAUCCCAUGCGCUGUGCUGCUCAGGUCUGCCUGGGCCGGGGCUCCAGCCCAACUCUGAAAUCCUAGGACGCUCGCUGCCCUGCCGGCGUGUGUGUGCCGGCCCCCUCGCGCCCCUCCCCCGCUCCCCUCCCCCUUUUCUCAGCCCCGCCUGCUGAGUGGGAUGGGGAGAGGGGCAGGAGAGGACUGAAGCCUCCGCCGCCACCUGAGCCGGCUGGGCAGAGCGGAGCUAGCGGAGCCGGGGUGUCCGGGCCUGCCAGGGCAUCCCCCGCUUUCCCUCCUCGGGUGAGAGCCGGAUGGAGCAGCGGGACUAGCGCCCCAGAGAGCCCCUGGAAAGUGGGGUGGCGGCGAGGAGCCCCAGUGCCGUGCACCAGGAAGAGAACGCUGGCCCCGUUCUCCCCACCCCAGACGCCCCCCUGGGCCCUGGCCCAACAAGAGCCCGUCUCAGGGGAGGGAGGGGCCCCGGCCCCUCCUCUGCUGUGUCAUCGCUCCCUGCCCAGACAUGCCCCCAGUUAUGGCCCGGCUGCAGCAAGUGGCCAAGAUGGUGAUGAGCAGGAAGAAGGUGGUGGUGCUGCUGCUGCUGGGGGCGACGCUGAGCCUGCUCCUGCACCAGGGAUCGCAGCUCAGCUGGUCCCUGCGGCUCCUCUUCCCAGCGGUGGCGCCCCGCUGCCCAGCAAGCCCCACGCGGCCCAAGCACACAGCCGUGGCGUUCGUCAAGACGCACAAGACAGCAGGCACCACGGUGCAGAACAUCCUGUUCCGCUUCGCCGAGAGGCACAACGUGACGCUGGCGCUGCCCCGCCCCAGCUGCGAGCACCAGUUCUGCUACCCCCGCAACUUCUCGGCCCGCUUCGUGCACCCGGCCACGCGGCCGCCCCGCAUGCUCGCCGGCCACCUGCGCUUCAACCGAGCCGAGCUGCGGCGCCUGCUGCCCAACGACACGGUCUACGUGACCAUCCUCCGCGAGCCCGCUGCCAUGUUCGAGUCCCUCUUUAGCUACUACAACCGCUACUGCCCAGCCUUCGUCCGCGUGCCCAAUGGCUCCCUGGAGACCUUCCUGCGCGCGCCGCGCGCCUACUACCGGCCCGACGAGCGCUUCGCCAUGUACGCUCACAACACGCUGGCCUAUGACCUGGGCGGCGACAACGAGCGCAACGCCCGCCAAGAGCCGGCCUACCUGGCGGGCCUCAUCCGCGAUGUCGAAGCCACUUUCUCACUAGUCAUGAUCGCCGAGUACUUCGACGAGUCGCUGGUGCUGCUGCGCCGCCUGCUGGCCUGGGACCUGGAUGACGUGCUCUACGCCGAGCUCAACGUGCGCAGCGCCGCCUCACGCCUCGCCUCCCUCCCCGAAGGCUUGGCGCGCGCGGUGCGCCGCUGGAACGCGCUCGACGCCGGCCUCUACGCGCACUUUAACGCCUCCUUCUGGGACCGCGUGGCGCGCGCCGGCCGCGAGUGCGUGCAGCACGAGGCGCGCCAGCUGCGAGAGGCGCGGGAGCGACUGCUGCGCCGCUGCUUCGGCCCACGCCCGCGCCUGCGCCCGGCUGCUGAGAUCCGCAACAAGCAGCUGCAACCCUGGCAGCCGCUGGGCAACGUGGGCAUCGUGGGGUAUGACCUGCCCAGCCGCUCGCCUUGGGGAUCCCCGAGCAGAGACGAGUGCCUCAAGCUGGCCAUGCCCGAGGUGCAGUACUCGAGCUAUCUGUUGCACAAACAGAAGCGCCGCGCCGGGACCUCGGCUGGCGACCACCCGCCGCCGCCCCCGCCGCCGCGCCCUAUCCGAGCCCUGCCCCGGCCCCGGCCCUGGGUCCGGAGAGACUGAUUUCCACGUUCCACCCCACACACACCAUUAGAGACUUGCUGCUCCGCCUCCAAUCCGGCCGGGAGGCGGUGACCCCCCUCCCCCCACGUGCGGCUCCACCCCCAUAGCUGGCCGGGAGGGAUGGCCCUUCAGGUGUGUGGCUCCACCCCCAGGCUGCUCCGGAGGGAUGGCCCUCCCUCCCCACCCGCUGCUCAGCCCCGUCCCGAGCUGGCCGCGGGCUGGGGACGCCCGUCCUCUCCCGAGAUCACUCCUCUCCCGAGAUCACUCCGCUCCCCGCCCCAUUCCCGCUCUGAAGCCCCCUUGCAUGCAGGGGAGGGUGCGUGCACCCAAACGGGCACGUGUGAAGCACUCCCCUGGCGGGGGGAAGGCGGACUCGCUUCCGCACAGCCCCUCUCCUCUAAAGGGGGCGACCCUUGGGUCCGGCCAGCGAAAGGAGGGAGCAUCAGGGACUGGGCGCCCCCUGUGGAGCCAAGCUGAGGACUCUGCACGCACAUGGGACACCCCCGCCCCAAGCUGCGAGCUUCCUCUCCAGAAGGGCCCCCUCCCCGGAGCCCAGCACACUGGGUCUUCCAGGCUCCAUCCCUUUCCCACAAUUCCAGCUGUUCCCAACCCGGGACUGAAUAGGGGCUGCCUUUGGAGGCUGUUUUUUCCAAUAAACGGGAUUUCCCGGGA